UUGUUCGAGAAACUUUGCACGAAACAAAAGCGAAAAUCGCACGCGGCAGCGGAAUAAACAGUAAAACAAAGAUGACCAUUAUACCCAGGCGUCUCAGUGGCAGCCUGCUGGUGGUGGGGCUCCUGAUGCUAUCCCUAACCACAGAGGAUGUGCAGGCCAAGCGUUGGUUUGGCGGUGGCGGCAGCAGGAGCCGCACCAGCUCCAGUUCCAGUUCGAGUCGCAGGACUUCCUCGCACUCCUACUCUGCUCCCUCCCACUCCUACUCGGCUCCUUCCCUCGACAACGUAAAACUGAGCUAUGGCGGUGGCAGCCACUCCCAGCCGAGCAGGGUGAGCAGCUCCCAGCAGAGUAGCCACAGUGUGGCCAAACCGGCGGCCACUUCAUCACCAAUUGGCUGGAAUGUGCCGGCCAAGCCUCAAGGUCCACCUCCAUACUCCGCCUCGAAUCCUGUGGGUGGAGCUCACACCAAUAUCCACGAGCGUCCGCCAGCUUAUAAUCCGGCCUACAAGCCGGCACCACCAAGCUAUUCGGCGGCCACUCAGACGCACAGCAACACGAAUCUCCAGAGUCCAGCUCGUCCAGCUGCUGGAGCCGCUUCCAGUUCCAGUUCGAGUGGAAGCCACUACUAUGGAGGAGCACAUACUGGCACCGGUUACAGGGGUCGGAAUAACUCCACCGGUGGCUUUGGAUCUUCUGGAGGAUAUACACCCAUUACGGCCACCAAUGCCCAUAAUGUGCAGUCGAGCUAUCCGCGUCAGCAAUUGCCAGCGGGAGCCACCUAUCAUCCAGCGGGUCAGUUGCCAGCGGGAGCCACUUACCAUCCAGCGGGACAGCUGCCAGCAGGUGCCUCAUACCACCCGGCGGGUCAGGUGCCACAUGGAGCCACCUAUUAUCCAACGGGACAUGUUCGCGGUGCCACCUAUCAUCCAGCAGGUGCUUAUCCCAUGGGAGCCUCUUACCAUCCCGCUGGACAGAUUCCCCAUGGAGCCACCUACUAUCCACAGGCCCCAGUUGGCGGAGGAUUGCCGCCGGGAGCCACCUUCUUGCCCGCCGGAGGAGCUCUGCCUGCAGGAGCCACCUAUUAUCCGCAGGCGCCACAGAAAUCUUCUUCCGGCUUGGGUCUGGGCACUGGUCUCAUUGCUGGCGCCUUGGGUGGAGCCAUCCUGGGACACGCCCUCACACCCACACAGACGCGUGUUAUUGAUCAUUCCUACUCUGGCGGCGGAGGAGGCGGCGGAGGUGGUGGCAGCAGUGGUGGCGAUGACAAGAUCAUAAUUAUCAACAAUGGACCACCCGGUUCUGUGACCACCAGCGAUGUGGGAUCGGGCACAACGGUGAUAAAUACUGGAGGCACUCAGGCAGCUGCCUCACCCUCACUGCCAGUGCCCCCAGCUCCUGCCUAUGCCGCUCCAGCACCUGGUUCUGCUCCAAUGCCUGCUCGGAGCAGUCCACUGGCACCUCUAGCUCCCUUGCCACCGGCACCUGCUGAUUCCAAUGCUCCUGCAGGAGCACCACCAGCUCCCGGUGCAGCUGCCAAUCCCAGUGUCCCAGUUCCACCAGCACCUGGUGCGGCCUCUGCAGAUCCAAAUGCUCCACCCGCACCUGGUACGCCGGCGGCUGAUCCGAAUGCUCCACCGGCAGGUGGCAUCAUUUGUGUGCCCGUUAAAGUGCCCGAACCAGAUCCAACGGAUGCCACCAAAACGAUUGAGGUGGAGAAGAUCGCCUGCUAUCCGGCACCGCCCCCAGAGGCAGCUCCACCGGCCAAUGGAACAGCUCCGGCCGCCGUCGAGGGAGCUGUACCGCCUCCCGUGUCCGCUCCUGGAUCUGUGAACCUGGCACCAUUCCAGGUCACCACACCGGUGAGCAUUCCGGAGGGAUCUGUACCCCUGGCACCGAUAGUGCCUGGAGGCCAACCGGAUAUCAUGAAGAUGCCGGGCCUGACCUCGGCGCGUCUUUCGGCAGAAUCGGGUCUCAGGGAUGCUCACAGUGUGGCCGGAAGUAGCUUCGGUCACUAUAGCCUCGUCUCCACACUGAUGACCCUGCUGGUGGCAUAUUGCCUUCACUAGAAACCAUCUUUCCUCCCUUUCAAGGACGCAGUGUCAUUGGCAAACCGGAAAGCUUUAACUAAUUUAUUGCCAGUCUGUGGACACGAGAUUCGCACGGAUAUAAAUAUGAAUGCCUUAACCCAUGGCCCAUCGGUCCUUUUCAUAUAUUUUGUAAACGAAUCGAAUUUUUUGAUAUAUAUACUCGUAGUUCUGUUAGACCUCAAAAUAAGCCACCAAUAAAUGUAACAAAGAAUUGAAUGAAACCAAUUAAGGAAUAA